GUGGGCGCUGUGACAGCCUCCAGACGCAGUUCCCCGGAUGCUCUGUGACCAGGUGGGCUCUUUAUGACACCGCGGAGACCUGCGCCGCUCCCGAGCUCCGCCGGGACACCGUGUAGAAAGUGGCCCGACCCCCCCCGGUAGUGCUUUGUCUUCCAGCCGGGGCCGUCUUUCGGACGUCUGAGAUGUCAUUCACCCAGACCCGGCGGCCUCAGUCUUCGCUCAGAGGGAACGGCGCCGAGAUGAAGAGCGACGCCGGGAGGAGAAUUUGAGCAGCUCGCCUUUUUUUUUUAAGCUCGAGCGGAAGGGGCUCGGGAGGAAAGCUCACACCCGGCUGGCGAAGGCGAAUCGGAUAUCGGAUUAGCUCAACCAUGGCGGGGAUCAUCAAGAAGCAGAUCUUGAAGCAUCUCUCCAGGUUUGCUAAGAACCUGUCGCCGGACAAGAUCAACCUGAGCACGCUGAAGGGCGAAGGCCAGCUGACCAACCUGGAGCUGGACGAGGAGGUCCUGCAGAGUCUGCUGGACCUGCCCACCUGGCUGGCAAUCAACCGCGUGUUCUGCAACAAGGCUGCCAUCAGGAUACCGUGGACAAAAUUAAAGACGCACCCAAUUUCUUUGACCCUGGAUAAGGUGAUCAUGGAAAUGAGCACGUGUGAUGAGCCCCGCCCACCUAAUGGUCCGUCUCCCAUCGCGACAGCAUCUGGUCAAAGCGAAUACGGCUUCGCUGAGAAGGUGGUGGAGGGCAUAUCGUUAUCCAUCAACUCCAUCGUCAUCAAGAUCAGCGCCAAGGCUUUCAACGCCUCCUUUGAGCUCUCCCAGCUGCAGGUGUACAGCGUCAACACCAGCUGGAGCAUCAGCGACCUGCGAUUCACCCGCAUCCAGGAUCCCCAGAGGGGGGAGAUCCUGACGUUCAAAGAAAUCAGCUGGCAGAUGAUCCGCAUCGAGGCCGACGCCAUCCAGAGCGCCGAGCACGAGAUGCUGAGCGCCCCCAUCCGCCUGAUCACGAACCAGUCGAAGAUCAGAGUCACUCUGAAGAGACGGAUAAAGGACUGCAACGUGGUGGCCUCAAAGCUGAUUCUUAUCCUGGACGACCUGCUGUGGGUGCUGACUGACUCCCAGCUCAAAGCCAUGGUGCAGUAUGCAAAGUCCCUCAGCGAGGCCAUGGAGAAGUCUGCCCAGCAGAGGAAGAGCAUGGCUGCAGACGAUCAGGUGUCGUCGCCGCCCCCUACAGCCCAACAAGUGCGCACCCAGCAGACGUCCACGGCCGCUGACCAGAGCGCAUCCAUGGCCAAGCUGUUCAGCGCCUACGAUGUGUGCGAGACCUCCCACCACCUGCAGAUCACACAUCUGGACCUGCACAUCUGUGAUGACAUCCACGCCAAGGACAAAGCCACCAAUAGGAGGAUAACAGGUGGAGCGAUGCAGCUUUCCUUCAGCUCCAUCACCCUCGACUACUAUCCUUUUCACCGAGCAGGGGACAGUUGCGUCCACUGGAUGCACUACAGCGAAGCCACUAAGACCAGAGAGAGCUGGGCGAAAAGCCUGCUGGACGAGUUCAAGGCCAACGUGGAGAAGUUGAAGCUCGCAGUCAGAGACCGACAAGGCCCGGUCGCCGCGCACAGCUCCCCGCGUCAUGUGUCCCUUAAGGACGAGGUUUAUGAACCUCUAGGAGGUCAGGAGAGAGCAGAAGGAGAAGUAGGGCUUAGGGAGGCAGAUGGCGGACUCUUAGAUUGGAGCCCCUACACAAAACCUCCACCCCAGUGCUGCUGGUGCCUAGAACCAGGUAAGAUUAACACUUCCUCCUCCAGCGCUUCCUUCAGCCCUCCUCCCCCUCAGACUCCAAAGACCCAGCUCAUGUCCAGCUCCAUUGUUCUCAGGAUGGCAGACUUCAGCAUCUACCAGGUGUCAACAGCAGACCAGCGGCGCUCCAGCCCCAAAACCAUGAUCUCCUGUAAUAAGAAGUCCUUGUACCUGCCUCCAGAGAUGCCGGCCAUCCAUGUUGAGUUUACAGAAUACUACUUUCCUGAUGGGAAAGACUACCCCAUCCCUUGUCCCAACCUGUACGCCCAGCUCAACGCUCUGCAGCUGGUCCUGGAUCCUCGCAGCCUGGUGUGGAUCAACCUCUUCGCCCUCGACCUCAGGCAGAGUCUGGAGCAGUUCAUGGAGAUCUACAAGCUCAACGACUCUCAGAAGCCCGACGAGCACGUUGACAUCAGGGUGGACGGCCUCAUGCUGAAAGUGGUGGUUCCCACUGAUCAGGAUGCCUCCUGCCCUGCAGACCUGCCUCGCUCCAUCUCCAUCCAGACGUCAGAGAUGGUCGCCACCAACACCCGACACCCCUCCAACUGCACCCGCUCACACCUCGAGGCCCUUUUGCAGGCCUUCGAAGGGGAGGCCUUCUUCUCGCCGUCCUUCUGCUCUUUCCCCCGCUCCCCCUCCUCGGUGGCCAUCCUCCACCCCGUCUUCCAGCAGCACGCCCACGAACACGACACCAAGCUGCACAACGUCCACCAGGGACUGGACGUUCCCACCAUGGGAACCGACGCUCUCAAGAUGCCCGCCGCCACGGACUUUUGGGCGCUGCACUUUGCCCAGUUCUGGGUGGACUAUGAAGGCACCCGUGGGGGCAAAGGCCGGCCGCAGCCCUUCGUGGACUCGUUCCCCCUCACCGUGUGGGCUUGUCAGCCCGCAAAGCUCGUCCAGCAUCAGGAGAGGCUGAAAGACUCCGCAGGAGCGGGACUGUCCAGGAGCUCGUCGGCGGAGGCGGUCGCGCGUCUGCAGAGGAAACGGAUGCUGAAGGAGUAUUACAGCACUGACGGCGCACCGGCGUCGUCUCUCUGCAACAAUUCAACACUGCUGCAGAGCAACGGGCUCCAUAAACCCCACUCGUUGGACAGCCUGCCCAGCUCCUGCUCUUCAUCGUCGUCAUCAAGUAACGACGCAGACGUCCAUCUGUUGGUGCACGUACAGAAACCUUUAAGCGCUCAGGUGAGCCAUCAGCAGUAUGUGUUUCUGAUGCACCUUCUGCGCAGCCUCAAAACCCUGCAGCAAACACUCCAGCAGGAUCUGGAGGAGAUGCCCUCCAGGAGGGAGCGCAAAGACGCGUCCCACCACGCCGCCGACCACAAACCCUUCACCUUCUGCCUGGGCCUCCUGCUCAAAAGCGCCGAGGUGUCCCUCCUCAUGAAGCCUAUACCCCAGCCUGAAGGUUCAGGAUCCACCGUAGGAUCCGAGCUCUCCCCCUCAGAGAGCAGAGCAACUCUGGAGCCAGCAAGCGACGCGAGAGAGGGGUCUGCGAAGGGCAAUGAAGAGCCCGGGUCUGAAGACCGAGGAGCAGCUAGACAGCCUAGCACUGUAGACCAGCUGUUAUGUGGCGCUGUUCCAGAAGGGGGCGCCACUCUGGGUCCUGCUCCACUAAUUCCCUCCUCCACUUGCGAGGAGAGGACUCCGGCUAAGAUUACUGACAGGGGGGCUUCAGAUGAAGGGGGUGAGGCUGUGGGGGACGGGUUAGCAUCCGGGGAUGAAGUAGCCGCUGGGCUGGGCGACCCUCUGACUGAGCCAAGUGACAAAGAGAAGAGUGCCGCUUUAAAAAUGCCUCAGUCAGUAUCCAG